AUGGGCCAAUUCCUUCCAAGUCUCACGCAGAUUGUUUUGGGGUUGAAUGAACUUAGUGGAAUGAUUCCAACCUCUAUUUCUAAUGCUUCACAGCUCAUUGUAGUCGACUUGUCAAGUAACUCAUUCUCAGGCUUAAUUCCAAAAACACUUGGUAAUUUAAGGCUCCUCCAGCGGCUCAAACUUGAAUUCAAUAAUUUGACCAUUGAAUCUUCAGAAUUGAGUAUUUUCUCAUAUUUUUUGAACAACUCAUAUCUCAAUCGAUUGCGUUUGUCUAUGAAUCCACUAAAUGGAGUCCUUCCUAAUUCCAUUGGAAACCUCUCGACCUUUCUUGAACAACUUGAUCUCUUUGGUUGCAAUAUUAAGGGCAACAUUCCCAUAGAUAUUGGCAAUUUAAGUAGAUUGACAUAUAUGUCCCUGGGCAACAAUAAGUUGGCUGGACCUAUUCCAACUACAAUAGGAAGAUUAAGCAUGCUCAAACAUUUGAACCUUUUUGGUAAUAGACUUAAAGGUCCAAUCCCAUCUGAUAUCUGUUACUUAGGGAGAUUCAGAGCUUUAUCUUUAGCUAGCAACAAGCUUUUUGGGCAGAUUCGCGAAAGCAUAAAUAAUAUGACUUCAUUAAGACUUCUCAACUUAGCCUUCAACCAAUUAACUUCAAGGAUUCCUUCGAGCUUGUGGAGGCAGACAGAUCUCUUGGCGGUCGACUUGUCAUCCAAUUCCCAAAGUGGCUCUCUUUCAUUAGAUAUUGGAAAUAUGAAGGUCCUGAUAAUAUUGAAUUUAUCAAGAAAUCAACUAUUAGGUCGUAUCCUAGAAACAAUUGGUGCGCUCAUGUCUCUAGUCGAUCUCUCUUUAGCAGUCAAUCAAUUAAAGGGCUCCAUUCCUAUAUCUUUUGGUGGAUUAGUAAGCUUGGAGUUGUUAGAUCUUGUUGGUAACAAAUUAUUUGGAGAGAUACCCAAGUCCUUAGAAGUGCUACGAUACCUCAAAUAUCUAAAUGUCUCCUACAAUAAACUACGAGGAGAAAUUCCAACACAAGGAUCAUUUGUUAACUUCUCAACUGAAUCAUUCAUGUCAAAUGAUGCGCUUUGUGGUGUGAUUAAACUGAAUGUUCCUCCAUGCAAAGAAGCUUUUCUUGGAACAAGAAAGGCAAUGGGUGUGUGUAUACUAAAUUAUGUACUGCCCACAUUGGGGUUAACAAUACUUGUAGCAUCCGUUGUACUAGUCUCAAGGAAACUCCAUGGCAAGAAAAAUUCAAAACUUUCCAACAACAAAGACUCAAUGCCUUUAUCAACAUGGAGAAGAAUUUCCCACCAACAACUUUUACAUGCAGCAGAAGGGUUCAAUGUAAACAACUUACUUGUAGAAGGGUGUUUUGGUACAGUUUACAAAGGGACACUUUUAGAUGGUACAUAUGUUGCAAUAAAAGUUCUAAACUUGGAACUAGAAGGUGCAUUCAAAAGUUUUGACAUAGAAUGCGAGAUAUUACGACACGUUCAUCAUCGAAAUCUUGUCAAAAUCAUUAGUGCUUGUAGUAACAUUGACUUCAAAGCACUUGUUUUGGAAUACAUGUCUAAAGGGAACCUAGAGAUGCGGUUGUUUUCUAACACCCAUUGCUUGAAUAUGCUACAAAGGCUAAAUAUUAUGAUUGAUGUGGCAUCAGAACUUUAA